CCGCCGGCGAAUAUGGAUGGAAGUCGGGACAGUGGAUAGUGCCUGUUGCUCUUUCUGUCAUGUUGUACAGGCGCUAUCUUGGUUCUUUUCGAUAAAACUGACAUGCAAUUUAUAUACUUUCAAAGAUUAUAGUUCUACUUUCGGGGAAAAAGCAGUUGGGCGAUCUGGAUACGGGCAAGCAGUGUCUUGCGCAAUAGGGUCCCAUUUUGUGCGCGUUCUGAUCCGUAGCAAGCCAAAAACUUAGAGUUUCCAUUCUGAGGAAUUAUGAAAAAGAGAAGUGACAUGUUUAUCCGUUUGUUGUGAUGCAGACUAAACCGUAGUCUCAGAAAAGACCGCUGGUGCCCCAACGAAGAGAAUGCUGGUUUGAGUGUGAGCCAUUUGUGCUCAUGUCUUUUUGGAAUACUCUUUAUUUUUGGAAAAUACACAUUUUCGAUCUGUGAAGACUUUGGAUGUCGAAGCGAAUAAAGUAUGGCAAGCGAUCUAAAACCUCGGCUAUGUUGUAUGACAAAGGCGGAGAAUGGGUAUGGGUUUCAUUUGCAUGGAGAGAAAGGAAAGAGCGGACAAUAUAUUCGUAAAGUGGAACCCGGGUCGCCCGCUGAAGCUUCGGGGUUGCGCGCGGGAGACCGUGUGGUCGAGGUAAACGGUGAAAAUGUGGAAAGAGAGACCCACCAUCAAGUGGUGCAGAGGAUCAAGGCGGUGGAGGACGAGACCAGACUGCUGGUGGUGGAUCGCCAAACGGACGAGUGCCUGCGUAGCCUGCGUCUCACCUGCACAGAGGACAUGGCCACCAACGUCAGCCCCUCCCCUGCACCACCCCCUGGCAAGCGGGAGAAUGGCUCUGUGUCCAGCCCGCCGGCCGCCCUGACUGGUGAGGUGCCAAAGCCCAGGAGGAGGUCCCCAUCACACGCUGGAAAGAAGCAGGACGUGCAGGUCCCAGGGAAGUCCUCUUCAGCAGACUCGUCCCAUCUCGUGCCCAGGCUGUGCCACCUGGUGCGUGCCGACACCGGCUAUGGCUUCAACCUGCACAGUGAGAAGUCCAGACCAGGCCAGUACAUCCGCUCGCUGGACCCGGACUCUCCGGCCAACCGUGCCGGUCUGAGGCCACAGGACCGACUCAUUGAGGUGAAUGGGGUGAACAUUGAGUGCAUGCGUCAUGCUGAGGUGGUGGCCUUCAUCAAGCGCAGCGGGGACGAGACACAUCUGCUGGUGGUGGAUCCGGACACGGAUGAGCAUUUCAAAAGGCUGGGCAUCAUCCCUUCCAGCAACCAGGCCAAAGCAGAGAGAAGGCAUGUGCAGAAGUGUCCUGAAGCUUCCAGCACUAACAGCAGCAUGACUGGUUUCUCUCACACAGACUGCCAGGCUCAGUCUAUCACUAAUGGCACACAGAGUCCGCAUUUCAAUGGCCGUACCACGUCCCAGUCAACCCACUCAGACCACAGCAGCCAGGACACCAGCACCCAGAACUCGGAGGAUGGCAGCAACCGUUUGCUGGACCCCUUUGCUGAGAUCGGCCUGAAGCUGAGCCCCACAGCAGCAGAGGCCAAGGAGAAGGCGCAUGCCAAACGAGCCAGGAAGAGGGCCCCCCACAUGGACUGGAACAAGAAAUAUGAGCUUUUCAGCAAUUUCUGAGCACACCCACAUGCUUUUGUCCCCUGACCUCCACCCCUGUGUGCUACAUCCCAACUUGCCUGCACCCGAUUGCUUGAUGAAUAAGCUGUUAUUUUUGUACAAAUAACAAACCCUUUUUUUAAAAAGUGUUUUACAAAGCGUACCACUUCAGAGUAGGAGCAGUUAGAAGGCAAACAUUAGUACCCCUCACCAACAACCUCCCACCCCCCAAACUGGAAAAAGAACAGCUUUGUGUUUGUCUGACUCAGACCUGCCACUGACAAUCACCAACCCCAGAAGCACCGUGUGCGGGUUUCUCUAAAAGGAAGAGCUUGUGCUGAACCAUUCAGCUUGGAUUUUGUUUACCACUCCUUCUGAAACUACUUCAGACUGACCCAUUUUGCAGCGACACCCCCCCCGGCCAGUCUGUAAAAGGCACACUGCCACUGGCAGAUGCUGAUCAAAACACAGGCUGGGACAGCAAGGACCCAGAAGUAUUCACCCCUCCCUGAAAAAUCAGUGGGAAGAACCGAAACCAGUGUGAAACAGUGUGCUUGCAAGGUUUUAAAAAAUCCAGCCAUAUGGGAGGGACUUGAAUGGAUGGGGCCCAUUGAAAGUGCGCUGUGUUUUUUGUAAAGCAGUAUUACAUAGGAAGCAAUUAGGAGGAAUUUUAGCUGCCAUGAACUGGUAACCCAAAAUAAUCAGCCUCUUGGUAUGCACCAGGACACUCAAUUUUAAAAGGAUGUGCCACUAUUUCAGCAUAUUAAAGGGAAAUUACGUUAGUAUGCUAUGUACUGUGGAGAUGGGCAGUUGGAAGUAUAAACAAAUGUUUUGAUGAACCUUUAGAUGUAUCGAGUCAUUAACACUAGAGGGCACUGCUAAAGUACUUUUGAUUUCCACUUUGGCGGACGAGUGAGAAAAAAGCCAGACGUUGCACGUUUCAACCACUAGAGGGAAACAUUUAUGCAAGUCACUUAAUUGAGGCUGAUUUUAUCAUGAUGAAAGGAUGGAAUGUGCGUAUGAGCAAAGGCAAAAUUUCCAUGUCUGUUACAGAUAGGUGUGUCCACUGUACUCACAAUGCUACACUGUAUUAGACUGAAGUUACUGGGACAAUUAAGAAUAUAAUAGUGGAGCCAAGACUCAAACCCAUGUGAUAAACAUUACGCAACACAGAAUCUUAUCAACAGAAGUAAAUUGAAGGUAAGAAGUAAAGGAGACAGCUGAACAUGAUGUGCAACACACGAUUCUCGUUUACAGCUCUGGUCUAAGGCAGACUGUGGCAUUGGCAGGGAUGCUGACCCCUGACUGGACAAGCUGGCCUUCUAUCUGCAUGUCUGCUCAUAGCCUAGUUUAUCCCACCUUCCUGCAGGUGGACUAAGAGGUGUGUUGUGAGGGGUGCACAUCAGCAUUGCUCCGAGCCCCAGAGCUUAUGAAGAUUAAUGAGACCACUGCAGCAGCUGCUUUUUGUCACAGAAAUGAACUUGGAUACCCACUCAACUUCCUCUCUGACACCCCUAAUCGUUGGAACUGUGGAACAGUCCAGCCAGCUUUGCUAGGGGCUGGUUCUACAAGCCUGAUAGGCUGUGUCAGCUGGGCCGUGCUGACUUCCACCCCUGAAAGCCAUCUUUAGCAAGAGCUCCAUGUGCAUUUGUAGCGCAGAUAUUUUUACCCAACCCGUGCAUACUAAGAACGUUGCUGUACUCCCUUUGAAUAGUCAUAUAAGUUUUUCUGUUAUGUUUUACUUCUUAUGUUUGCUAACAUUGCUGCAUUUUUAUUGUGGGUCCCCCCUUGUUCCUCCUGUCCUGAUGGUAUAUGCAUUCAGAGCUCAGCGGUUUGCUAUUGUAUAUUCAGUAUGAGAAUAUAUGCCAGGUUGCUUUUUUUUCCAAUAAAGUGUGAUAUUCACAUACUUACAUAA